CUCUGUCGCUCUGUUUUUCUCUCUCAAAUAAAUAAAUAAAUAAAAAUUUAAAAAAAAGUAAUAGCCCCCCCAGUGACUGCACCAGGGCGGGGCUGGCCCCGCCCCAGACCCCGCCCCAGGCGGCUAUGCUCCGCCCCUGCCCGGCAAGGCCCCGCCCCCUGCCCGGCAAGGCCCCGCCCCGUGGCCUACCCAACGCGCACGCGCCGCGACCUGACCCGGAAGAGGCUGUCUUCAGAGCCCACGUGUUCGCGGAGCAUGGCGGAGAUGGAGAGACGGGGCCUGGCCGAGUCUGUGUCCCCCGCGGGGGCGGCCAAGAGCGGCCCCCAGCCCGCCGACCGUGAGGGCCUGCUGAAGCAGAGCCGCGAGUUCUUGGACUUCUUCUGGGACAUCGCGAAGCCGGAGCAGGAGACGCGGCUGGGGGCCACGGAGAAACUGCUGGAGUACCUGCGCGCGAGGCCUCAGGGCGCCGAGAUGAAGUACGCCCUGAAGCGCCUGAUCUCCGGGCUCGGGGUCGGGCGAGAAACCGCCCGGCCCUGCUACAGUCUGGCCCUGGCGCAGCUGUUACAGUCUUUCGAAGACAUCCCCUUGUGCAGCGUCUUGCAGCAGAUACAAGAGAAGCACGACCUGCAGAAAGUUAAGAAGGCAAUGAUGAGACCUGCUCUUUUUGCAAACCUGUUUGGGGUGCUAGCCCUGUUUCAGUCAGGCAGGCUAGUGAAGGACUCAGAGGCACUGAUGAAGUCAAUAAAGCUGCUGCAGACCCUGGCCCAGCACUACAACCACUUGCAGGAACAGCCCCAGAAGGCCCUGGUGGACAUCCUCUCUGAGGUCCCAGAAGCCACGUUGCAGGCGAUCCUGCCGAAAGUCCUCAAGGCGGACUUGAAUUCAGUGCUGGGCUCCCCUGAGCACCUGGAGCUCUUCCUCUUGGCCCAGCAGAAGGUGCCGGAGAAGCUCAAGGAGCUGAUGGGACCAGUCAACUUGUUCUCAGAUGAGAACAUCCCCAGACUGGUGAGUGUCCUGAAGACAGCAGCUUCUUCUGUGAAGAAGGAGCGCAAGCUGCCCGCCGUGGCCCUGGACCUGCUCCGCCUGUCGCUGCAGGAGGGCAGGUUCCCCCGGUUCUGGAAGGAAGUUGUGGAGCAGGGGCUGCUGAAGAAGCAGUUCUGGCCCGCCAGCUACCUGUGCUUCCGCCUGCUGGGCGCGGCGCUGCCUCUGCUGUCCAAGGAGCAGCUGGCCCUGGUGAUGCAGGGGGACCUGAUCCGGCACUUUGGGGAGCACACGGUCACCGCUAAGCUCCCAAACCAGUUCAAGUUUGCUCCGGAGAUGAACGAGUACGUGGGAACCUUCCUGGAAGGCUGCCGGGAUGACCCCGAGCGGCAGUUGGCUGUGGUGGUGGCCUUCACCUGCAUCACCAACCAGGGCCUCCCUGUCCUGCCCACAUUCUGGAGGGUCGUGCGGUCCCUGAGUCCCGGUGCCCUGAAGGGCUACGUGGCCUGGCUACAGAACAUGUUUCUCCGGCCUGACCUGGACUCCCUGGUGGACUUCAGCACCAGCAACCAGAAGAAAGCCCAGGAUGCUUCGCUGCAUGGGCCUGAGCGAGCUGUGUUCCGGCUGCGGAAGUGGGUCAUCCUUCGCCUGGUCAGCAUCGUGGACGCCUUGCAUGCGGAGAAGGAGGACGACAUGAUUGAGGAGGUGGCCAGGUUUUGUUUUUUCCACUCGUUCUUUGAGACGAAGAAACCCACGUCCCAGAUUCCGGAGACGGAGCAGCAGUUCUCCUUCCCUCUGGAGAGCCGGACCCGGGAGGUGGUCAGCAGUGCCUUCUUCAGCCUGCUGCAGACCAUCAGCACCCAGUUCAGACAGGUGCCGGAGCAGACCCAGAACGGGCAGCCCUGGACCCACCGCCUGGUACAGUUUGCAGACUUGCUGUUGAACCAGAGCCGCAACGUGACCCCCCUGACGCCCUUCAGCACACAGCAGCGCCAGGCCUGGGACCGGAUGCUGCAGACGCUGAAUGAGCUGGAGGCCUGCUCCUCAGAGGCCAAGGCCAAGGCCAGUGCCUUUCAGCACCUGCUCUUCCUCGUGGGCAUCUAUCUCUUCAAGUCCCCUGCAGAGAGCUGUGAUCUCCUGGGGGACAUCCAGACCUGCAUCAAGAAGAGCCUGGGGGAGAAGACCCGCCGGACCCGCUCCAAGGCUGCCACCCCCCAGGAGCCGCCGUGGGUGGAGGUGCUGGUGGAGAUCCUGCUGGCUCUUCUGGCCCAGCCCAGCCACCUGAUGCGCCAGGUGGCCCGGAGUGUGUUCAGCCACAUCUGCGCCCACCUGACCCCGCGUGCUCUGCAGCUGAUCUUGGACGUGCUGAACCCCGACAAGAGUCCAGACGAAGACAGCGUGGUGAUCACAGACGAUUCCGAGAAGCAGCUGGAGAGUGGGGAGGUGCGUGCCGGGAGGGUGGGACGGGCGGACACAGGGCAGGCGACGGGAGGCAUCACGCAAGGGACCCUGCAGGACAAGAGCUCGGACAGUGAGGACGAGAGACACUCAGCCGGCGAGGAGGACAGCGGCGAGGAGGACAGCGAUGAGGAGGACCGGGACGGGGAUGUGGACCAGGGCUUCCGGGAGCAGCUCAUGGCCGUGCUGCAGGCGGGGAAGGCGCUGGGCGCGGUGGACGGGGAGGACGACGACGAUGAGGAGCUGGGGGAUGAGGCCAUGAUGGCCCUGGAUCAGAGCCUCGCUAGCCUCUUCGCCGAGCAGAAGCUACGCAUCCAGGCCCGGAAGGACGAGAAGAACAAGCUGCGGAAGGAGAAGGUGCUCCGGCGAGACUUCCAGAUCCGGGUCCUGGACCUGGUCGAGGUGCUGGUGACCAAGCAGCCAGAGAACCCGCUGGUCCUGGAGCUCCUGGAGCCCCUGCUGGACGUCAUCCGGCGCAGCAUGCGCACCAGCAGCUCCAAGCAAGAGCAGGACCUCCUGCACAAGACAGCGCGCAUCUUCACACACCUGUGUCGCUCUCGGCAUUGCUGCCACGACGUGGGCCGCGGCGUGGGCUCUCUGUACGCGCAGGUGGGGCAGCUGGUGCAGCAGGCUGGCCGCCAGGCCGACGCCUCCGUCUCCCUGUACCAUUUCAACGCGGCCCUCUAUCUGCUCCGCGUUUUGAAGGGCGGCGUUGCCGCCGCCUCGGCCUGCCAGCCCCAGAAGAAGGAGAAAGCCGGCCCCAGGCCCAAGGGCCCAGAGGCUUCCGGCUGCUUGGAUCUGAGCCUUGUGACCCCGAUCUACUCCUCAGCGCUGACUUCCUUCCUGACCAGGCGCAACAGCCCGCUCACCAUCCCGAUGUUCCUCAGCCUCUUCUCCCGGCACCCGGUGCUCUGUAAGAGCCUGCUCCCCGUCGUGAUCCAGCACGUGACGGGCCAGGCGCGGCCCCGCCAUCAGGCCCAAGCCUGCGUGCUGCUCCAGAAGGCCUUGCCCACGCGGGAGCUGCGGCUGUGCUUCGAGGACCCUGAGUGGGAGCAGCUGGUCAGCCAGGUCCUGGCGCAGGUCACGGAGAACCUGCGGACACUGGGUGAGGCACGGACCAAGUCGGAGCAGCAGAAAGAGCUGUCCUCCUUGGGGCUGCUCAACACCCUCUUCAGGACCAUCCAUCAGGAGAAGCUGACCGUGGACCUGACUGCCGUGCUGGGCGUGCUGCAGAGUCAGCAGCAGAAGCUGCCGCCGGGGGAGCGCGUGGGCGGUUCCAGCCGCCUCUGCGAUCUCUACUGGCAGGCCAUGAAGGCCCUCGGGGUCCAGCGCCCCAAGGCGGAGAAGAAGGACACCAAGGAAGUCCCCAGCGUCACACAGAGCCCCGUUAGCACGAAGAGGAAGAAAAAGGGGUUUUUGCCAGAGACCAAGAAGCGCAAGAAGCGCAAGUCAGAGGGUGCGGCGCCCGAGGAGGAGGCCAAGCCCGCAGCCUCCGGGGGGGACCAGCCCCCCAGCACAGGCAAGAAGAGGAGGAACAAGAGGAAGGCCCGGAGUCCGGCCCAGGCCCAGGCGACCCCUGCCACCAAGAGGCCGGUCCCAGACACCACCAGCACCGGCCCUGCCACUCCGGCCACAACCCCAAAGCUGCAGAAGAAAAAGCGGAGGCUGUCCCAGGGGCACGGAGCCACGGCCGGGUCCCCUGCGGCACCUGUCGGCAAAAAGCCGCCUCAGAAGGAUCUGCCGGAGAAGGGCGUGUCUGGCAAGUCGCCCCAGUCCGCGCUGCCGCGGAAGAAGGCCAGGCUGUCUUUGGUCAGCAGGAGCCCCAGCCUUCUCCAGAGCGGGGCCAAGAGAAAGAAAGCGUCGCUCAAGAAGGCCAGGAAGCCCUGAACCCCCCGGUUUGCACCGCACGAAGUACCAGCGUCCGGCACCGGCGGGAGCGUGUCCGCGGGGCCCCUUGUGUCCCCACCCCAGGCUGCCCUGCCCUGGGAGCCAGCGCGGCGUGGUUUAAAUAGGUUUAUUCCUUCAUUUACAAGAGGAAUAUAUUUGGCUUCUCUCUUAAGACUCUGAGAUUCACAAUCAGCAGCUCUAAAAAAUAAAGGAGCGGCUUGGCUUCCGGAAGGAAGAACAGGCAACACUUGGACUGGUUCUUGUACAACAAGAAAACGUCGCUGGGGGUCCCACCCGGUAGGUGCCCCAGAGCCCUCACACGCUGAAGCCGCACCAGCUGCUCGGCACGGGCCGGGCGGCUCGCGGGGGCUCCUGCGGCCACCUGGGUUCCAGCAGCCGUGCAGGGAGCGCGGGAAGCGGGCAGAGGAGGAGCGCAGACGGUGGGCGGCCCACGUGCGGGGCGGGCCUCGACCCCCCGGCCCUGGCCCGGGGCAGGAAGCCUCGCGGGGUGGCCACAUCCUCGGCAGCCAGAGCCCUGGCAGCUGCCGUGCGGGUUCUGGGAAUAGUCCCUUGGGUCCUGCCCCUGGAAGGGCCCAGUCUGGGGGGGGCAGGAGUUUGUGCCAGGGGUGGGGGAGGGGAGGCG